GGCCGAGGCGGCGGCAGUCGGGGAGGGGGGUGGGGGUGGGGGGAAACGGAGCGGAGAGCGGCUUCGCUUGUAAGGCGGGGGAGAAAGUGGGGGCGGAAAAAGAGGACCCCCCCCCCCCCCGUCGACCGUCCAGAAGAACCGCCGCGGCGGCAGCGAGCGAGCGAGCGAGUGAGCGGGGCCCGCGGCGCUGCACUCAGCCAUGGACAAUCAGUGCACGGUUCAAGUCAAAUUGGAGCUGGGGCACCGAGCCCAGCUGCGGAAGAAGCCCACAACGGAGGGGUUCACCCAUGACUGGAUGGUGUUUGUGCGCGGCCCAGAGCAGUGUGACAUCCAGCACUUCGUGGAGAAGGUGGUCUUCAGGCUGCAUGAGAGCUUCCCGAAACCCAAGCGAGUGUGCAAGGAGCCCCCGUACAAAGUGGAGGAGUCUGGCUACGCAGGCUUCAUUAUGCCCAUUGAAGUGUACUUCAGAAAUAAGGAGGAGCCGAAAAAGGUUUGUUUCACAUACGACCUGUUUUUAAACUUGGAGGGAAAUCCACCAGUGAACCACCUGCGUUGUGAGAAACUGACUUUCAACAACCCCACCAAGGAAUUCAGACGCAAACUUAUUAAGGCUGGAGGGGUGAUGGUAAUGCCAGAGGGAGCAGAAACUGUUUCAAGGCCCAGUCCCGAUUAUCCCAUGUUGCCCACAAUACCGCUCUCUGCCUUCUCCGAUCCCAAGAAGACCAAACCAUCCCAUGGGUCAAAGGAUGCCAACAAGGAAAGCAGCAAGGCAUCCAAGCCACACAAAGUAACCAAGGAGCACAGAGAGAGGCCAAGGAAAGACUCUGAGAGCAAAAACUCCUCCAAAGACCUUGAAAGAGAACAAAACAAACCUUUGAAGGACUCCUCCAGAAAACCAACAGAGAACAAACUGCCUAAGGAGGAGAAGGCGCCUCCGAAAGCUGCUUUCAAGGAACCAAAACUGGCUGUGAAGGAGACCAAACUGGAGAACACCUCUCCAAAGGGUGGGCCGCAGCCGGAGCUGAAGUCUUCCAGCAAGAGGCCUUCCAACGUGGAGUCACCAAAGCCCAGUGCCAAAAAACAAAAGAAGAGCAGCUCCAAAGGGGUAAAGAACAUCCUGGGGACGUCUCCCAGAACCUCGUCUUCCUCGUAUCCAGAGAAGAAACAAACCAAGGAGAAGAUGAAUGCCAAAGUGGAGAAGGUAAAAUCUGAAAGCGAGGCCAAGGAGAUCAAAAAGCCGGUGGAAAUGGAGGAGUCGAAUUCGGAGGAUGAGAAUUCUUUCAAGUCAGAGUCUGUCCAGUCCAGCCCUUCCAACUCCAGCUCCAGCUCCGACUCCAGCUCCGACUCCGACUUUGAGCCAUCUCAGAACCACAGUCAAGGGCCGCUGCGCUCCAUGGUGGAGGAUCUGCAGUCGGAGGAGUCCGAUGAUGACGACAGCUCCUCAGGGGAAGAGGCAGCAGUCAAAGCAAACCCCGUCAGCAGGGAUUCCAGACUGAGCCUCAGCGACAGUGACAGCGACAACAGUGCAGACUCCUGCCUGCCCAGUCGAGAGCCUCCCUCUGCUCAGAAGCUGCCCCCAGCAAACAAUAAGGCAUCUGGAAGAAAAAGCCCGGAGUCUUGUAACAAACCAGAGAAGAUCCUGAAGAAGGGAACCUACGACAAGGCCUACACUGAUGAAUUAGUGGAGCUUCACAGGCGACUCAUGGCACUACGAGAGCGCAAUGUGCUGCAGCAGAUUGUGAACCUCAUUGAGGAAACGGGGCAUUUUAACGUUACCAACACAACCUUUGACUUUGACCUCUUCUCCCUGGAUGAAACAACUGUUCGUAAGCUGCAGAGCUACCUGGAAGCAGUAGCAACAUGACCUCGGCCUUGGAAGCAGGCUGCUUUUGAAACCAGAAAUCCCCUUUAUUGGUACCAGGAAACGAACCCAUGGAACUAGGCCUUCUUAUUCUCUCGAUUCACCCGAAGCACUGCCUUAGAGAACAGCCAUGCUCUAUGAAUGCACAGCCAGCUGCACUUUCUUGUAGGCUUCAAACAAGCACCCAUAUUGCUGAGUCUGUCCUCCCCAGCUUCCUAAGUCCGCUUGGGCGCAGGUCCUAAGCAGAGCAGAAGAACGGCUGCGCCCGACCGCAGCGCGGCCCUUCUGGUUUUACUUCAAGAAACUGUUUGAAGGACGUUUGCAGGCACCUCUGAGACCUGAAGAAGCGCGGGCGAUGUUUUCCUCCCCAGGUCUUUGGGACCAGCCUGCAGAGAGCUCCGCUCAGUCCGGUUUCCUUCAGCUCCGUGGAGAAGCAUCCGUGCCGCGUUGGCUUUUACAAAGCUCGCCGAGAGGCUGCUGGUGACAGAGGAGCUCUGGGAGUCUCGUUGGUCCGCCGUGGAGGAAAGCAGACAGAUGCUGGUUUGGCUCGCUCUGUGAGUUGUGUUGCAGUUGGGCACGGAGUGCUGCUGCCGUUCGGUGGCUGCAGGGCUGUGCUCUGUUCCGGCUGCCUGCAGGGUGGUUUGUGCUCCCUAAGAGGCCCUCUCCAAUCUGCUGUGUCCCAUUGGGGUCUGGAGACGUCUUUGUUUGUUGACCUGAGCUCCUAAACAAAGUCUCACUCCUUUCAGUCUGCUUUAACUGUAAUAGGACUACAAAACUGUAAGCUGUAUAUUUUAUAUAUAUAUUAUAUAUAUGUAUGUACUGUAUGUAUAAGAAGGGCCUAGUUGGGUCUUAUGAUUUUAAGGGUGUGUUUUUCUGUUGUUUUUUAAUGGCUAUGGCAGGGGAAGGGCGCUUAAUAAGAUUGACUUGUUUGUUAAAAUGCCUCUUGUGGACAAUUUUUAGUGUAUGAAAGCUGAACAGCGAUCUUCAAAGCGUUUUGUGCUCUGGAAGGGACUCACCUGUUGUCUUUUUCAUUUGUCAGUGUUGAAAAACUUUGCCAAAAUACGUGAUUGGUUUUGUUCUAUGUUCUCAAAGAGGAAUCUCCUACAGUGGCCCCUAUAGUAGUGGCUGUACUUUGGGAAAACCAAAACAAGGGAGAAUUUUAUCUCGGGACGCACCUGGAAAACACUGAUGUAACACCGAGUGAGACCAGGUUCCUUUCCUCCUCCCUCCUCCCCCUCACAGCCGUGCAAGAAGUGGCAGUGAACACUAACCCAGAACCAUUUGUGUAUUUCUAGUUAAACUAGACCUCCAGGUGUCGUCUGUGUGCCGUGUGGGUAUGGGGAAAGCCCUGUAGCUCUUAUCAAAGCUGUGUUACGCUCCUGUUCCCUACAUUCAGUAUUUUUGGGGGAAGAAUUGCUCCUUUUUUUCCAAUCAGCGUUGUAAGCUUUUGCCAAAUGCUGGGUGGGCUGCUGGCAGUGAGGAGAGCAGCUCCUGAGGAGCCUCUGCUCUGUGCAGAGCCGUGGGGGGGCUGCGUGGCUCCAGGGUUUGCUGUCCCUUCUCAGUGAUGAAAUUGCAGUCCCUUGUUUUGGGUUCCCCCUUUCUUUAUCAUGGAAAUGUUGCAACUAAUCAACUGAAGUGGCAAUAUGAUGAUAAGCUUGUUUGAGUUGGGUCAUGUUGACCCGAUUCCCAUUAAUUUUGUCUUUGUACCAUCUUUCAUGUGUCUCGUGCGUGUGUAUAUACCUAUAUAUAUAAAAAGAAAAAUAAUCCAGCUCAUGCCAGGUGCGUUCCCUAUCACAGCAGUGAUCUCAGCUGCUUUCUUUCCCGAUGGACGAUGCCAAGCCUGGAUAGAAGCCCUGUGUGCACAGCGAGAAGGUGGAGGACAGCAGGAAGAGGAGCUCAGCUGCUGAUGGGAUGUGCUGCGCUGGAGAUGGCAGAUGUGGCUCACGAGCGUCCACGGCUUUGUUCUGGGUGUGGUGGGUAUUUGGAGCUGCUCCGGUCCCCGUCGGCUCUGUGGCACACAGGAAGCUGCCCCAGCCCUCACGCAGGGUGGGUUUGUGACCCUGCCAUCCCCCAAGCAGUGGAGCGGUGGUGACGGGCAGCCACAGUGCUGAUGUUCUCCCAAGGCCUUUGCCUGCUCUCCCCACGAGGUCUCCUCCUCCUGCAGCUGUUCCAGCCGCGCUCUCCGUCCUGGCAGCAGUUUCUCCUGGCGCUGUCAGGAUCUGAGUCGCCGUCCUGCCUCCAUCACACACGGAUCUGUCACUGCUGCUGCCGUGGGGCCGAGCGCUGCGAUGGCGUUCCUGAGCCUGGCUGGAAGCACGCGGGGCUUUUGCCCACAGCUGUGGCAUCGUCCUGCCCUGGAACCGACUUUAUUUGUGAAGUCUGACGAGCGUCGAUGGGAAUUUUGUUCGGUUUUUAUAAGAAGUAUUUUACACAUGGAUUUUUUUAGACUCUUUAUAAUCUCCUUGAAAACCCAAAAUAGGAUUGUUCCCCCAGCAAUAGUUCUCCUCCAUUGUGUGCACAUGCUGAUUUGUUACUAAAAGGUUUCUUGCAAGUACUUAGUUGUUCUACAGAGUUGUUGUUUUUUGGGGUAUGUGGUAGCGUUGGGGACCGCAGGAGGAACGACUCUGCAAACAAAGGAUGGUCGAAUUUGGGCCUCAUCUGGUGUCCCCUCCUAGUUGCAUAUGGACGAGUUCCCUGUGUAGAUUCUCUAUAGGCUGGCUGAAUGCUGUUCUGGACAUGCCGUGUACAGGUAUUUGUGGAUAACGUGUUUGUUCUUGUGUCACUCUUGAGAGCAUGGAUGGAUUAUUGUUCAAUAGGAAGGAGGUGGCGGUGCUGCUGUCAGCAUUGCUUCAGGUCUUCGAGGAUGUGUAGUAGCAUUUGCAUUGUUUAAAAAAGGAAAAAUAUAUAUAUAUCCAAAAUUGA